AUGCCCACGGCUUUACUCACGCCACCCUACGGGGAGCAAAUGACAACCUUCUCCCAGAAAUCAGUAAUGGGUACAAUAUUUGAAACAACUGAACGCUACACGGAAUGGAAACCUCUCGGCCUUGGAGUAUCUGGGCUUGUCUGCUCUGCAAGGGAUCAGCUUACUCAGAGAACUGUUGCCGUGAAGAAACUCGCGGAACCUUUCAAGACACCGGCUAUUGCAAGACACAUGUUUCGAGAAAUGAAAUUGACAAGACAGUUGCGACAUGAAAACAUCAUUAACAUGACAGACAUCUUCAUUUCCCCUUCUGAAGACAUAUACAUCGUGACCGAACUUAUGGCAACCGACCUUGAUACAAUUCUCAAGGCGAAAAGGGUGGAAGACCAAUUCGCCCAAUACUUCAUGUAUCAAAUAAUGCGUGGCUUAAAAUAUCUCCAUUCAGCCGGUGUCAUCCACCGAGACCUAAAGCCAAGCAACAUUCUGGUCAAUGAAAACUGCGACCUAAAGAUAUGUGACUUUGGUCUGGCCCGCGUCCAAGAAUCCCACAUGACCGGCUAUGUCUCGACGAGGUACUAUCGUGCGCCGGAGAUCAUGCUCACAUGGCGAAAGUAUACCGAAAAAGUCGAUAUGUGGAGUGCCGGGUGCAUCUUCGCGGAAUUACUCCUGGGCGAGCCUUUGUUCCCUGGCACGAAUCAUAUUAACCAGUUUUGUGUUAUCACCGAUCUACUCGGUAACCCACCCAAAGAAGUGAUCAACAAUAUAACAAGCGAGAAUACGUUGAACUUUAUCAAUUCACUCCCAAGGCGAGAACGCAAAUCAAUAUCACAGCUCAUCCCCAAAGCCAACGCAGAUGCGGCUGUAUUGAUCGACAAAAUGCUUGAAUUCGACCCUCAAGUACGAAUCUCUGCGACGGAAGCCCUCUCAUCCCCAUAUCUCGCACCAUACCACGAUCCCGACGACGAACCAAUCGCGGCAGAAACAUUUGACUGGGCCUUCCUCGAGGCAGAUCUCUCAGCCAACAUAUGGAAAACUAUCAUGUACAACGAGGUGCUGGCAUUCCACUCAGAAAUGAACCAUACAGGCCAGAGCAGGCCGAUGGAAUUGAUAAAUCAGGUGGGCGGAAUGGACAUUGGUUGA